AGUACAAGUCGAUCGUCCCUCAGUCCAGACGAGUGGUUGUCGGCCGCCGGUGUCCACGUGCAAGUUCGAUACCAGACUGAGUGAAUUUUAUUAUACUUUUUAAAAAGGAAUUUAUAGAAAGAUGGCGCCGACAACAAUAGCGGAGGACAGGCUGACGUCAGGCCACCGUCUGUCUCACCCCCCGCCCGGAGACGAGGUCCUCAUCUCAGGUGUGUCCGGAUACUUCCCGGACUCCGAUUCCGUCAACCACCUGCAAGAAAACCUUUUUAAUAAGGUGGACUUAAUCUCCGGAGACGCUCGUCGAUGGAAACUAGCUCAUCCUGAGAUCCCCCAGAGAACGGGAAAGAUCAACAAUGUCAACAAAUUUGAUGCUUCGUUCUUCGGCGUCCAUUAUAAGCAGGCACACACCAUGGACCCUAUGUGCAGGAUCCUUCUAGAAAAGGCUUAUGAAGCUGUUAUUGAUGCUGGUGUGAACCCCAAAGAGCUUCGUGACACGAAGACUGGUGUGUUCGUGGGCGCCUGCUUCUCAGAGUCAGAGAAGACAUGGUUCUACGAGAAGAUGCAGGUCAACGGCUUCGGUAUCACUGGAUGUUCCCGUGCCAUGUUAGCGAACCGUAUCUCCUACUGGCUAGGAGUGACCGGUCCCUCAUACACCGUGGACUCGGCUUGCUCCAGCUCUCUGUAUGCCUUGGAGCACGCCUUCAGAGCCAUCCGUGAUGGCCACUGUGAUGCUGCUAUUGUGGGAGGAUCCAAUUUGUGUUUACAUCCUUAUGUGUCUCUGCAGUUCUCUAGGUUGGGAGUGUUAUCCCCCGACGGUAGGUGCAAGAGUUUCGACAACAGUGCCAACGGUUACGCGCGAUCAGAAGCCAUAGUCGUCGUCUUCUUGCAAAAGGCUAAGGAUUCCAGGAGGGUAUACGCUCAACUCCUCCACGCCAAGACCAACUGCGACGGUUACAAAGAGCAGGGUAUCACAUACCCGGCCGGUCACAUUCAGAAGCUUCUCCUCAGCGAGUUCUACGAGGAGUGCUCCAUCCCUCCUCACAUCUUGGAGUUCGUUGAAGCUCACGGCACAGGUACCAGAGUAGGAGACCCUGAGGAGUUGUUGGCUAUCGACGAGAUCUUCUGCACUGGCCGCAAGGGACCCCUCAGGAUUGGUUCCAUCAAGUCCAACUUGGGACACAGUGAGCCCGCCUCUGGUCUCUGCUCCAUUGCCAAGAUGUGCAUAGCCUACAGCACCGGCUACUUGCCCCCCAACUUGAACUACAACGUGCCUCGUGAAGGAGUAGCAGCUCUAGCCGAGAACAGGCUCCAGGUCGUGACAGACAAAACUCCUUGGGGUAGAGGCAUGUCUGGAGUGAACAGCUUCGGUUUCGGAGGCGCUAACGCUCACGCCUUGUUGAAGAAUGUCGCCAGGGAUAAGGUAAACAACGGCAUCCCAUCAGACGACCUCCCCCGUCUAGUAUGUGCAUCAGGGCGCACGGAGUCAGCAGUCGCCAGGAUCCUGGAUGACUUGGAGUCCAGGACGGUGGACGCUGAGCUGGUGCGUUUGUACCAUGCUAUCCAUGAUGAUGAUAUUGCUGGACAUGUUGUUAGGGGUUAUACGCUGUUGGGCUCAACCCCCACCAAGAGCGUGUCCCUAGCCCGCGAGAUCCAGUACUUCUCUGGCGUCCGUCGCCCUGUAUGGUUCGUGUACUCCGGCAUGGGCUCCCAGUGGGCCGGUAUGGGCAAGGAGCUCAUGAGGAUCCCGGUCUUCGCUGCUGCUAUUGAGAAGUGCCACAAAGCCUUGGAGCCUAAAGGCGUGAACCUCACCAAGAUCAUCACGGACCCUGACCCGAAGAUCUACGACAACAUUCUGAACUCCUUCAUUGGUAUCGCCGCCGUACAGAUCGGUCUUACUGAUGUCUUGAAGACCAUUGGUGUUGAACCUGAUUACAUCAUUGGUCACAGCGUUGGCGAACUUGGCUGCGCUUACGCCGAUGGUUGCUUCACCGCCGAGGAGAUGAUCCUGUCUGCCUACAGCAGAGGUCUCGCCUCCAUCGAGACUCCCUUCAUCAAGGGAUCCAUGGCUGCCGUUGGUCUUGGAUACAGCCAGAUCAAGUCCAUGUGCCCACCUGAAAUCGAGGUGGCCUGCCACAACGGGCCUGACUCGUCCACCAUCUCAGGCCCCGCUGACAUCAUGAAGGUCUUCGUGGCCAAGCUCAGCUCUCAGGGCAUCUUUGCCAAGGAGGUCCCUUGCUCCAACAUCGCCUACCACUCGCGUUACAUCUCUCAGGCUGGCCCAACCCUGCUGAAGUACCUGAAGCAGGUCAUCAAGGACCCCAAGCCUCGUUCAGAGAAGUGGGUGUCCACCUCCCUGCCUCAGGCUCAAUGGAAGGAUGCCAAGGCUGCUCUAUCCUCUGCUGAGUACCAUACCAACAAUCUGCUGAGCCCAGUACUCUUCGAAGAGACAGCCCGUCUGAUCCACUCCAACGCCAUCACCAUUGAGAUCGCUCCCCACGGUCUGCUGCAAGCCAUCCUACGCAGAUCCCUGAAGAAGGAUGUCAUCAACAUUGCUCUGACCCAGAGGAACCACAAGGACAAUGUCCAGGUCUUGUUCACCGCUUUCGGAAAACUGUACGAGUCAGGCCUGAACCCACACCUUGCCAACAUCUACCCACACGUGCCAUUCCCCGUGUCACAGGGUACACCCAUGAUCUCCCAUCUCGUCGAGUGGGAACACAGUGAAGACUGGUAUGUAACAUCAUACAAAGCUCAAGAGAAGAUGAAGUCUGGUGAGAGGACCAUCAGGAUGUCCAUCGUGGAUGAAGACUGCGAGUACAUGGCUGGUCACGUUGUUGACGGUCGUAACUUGUACCCCGCCACCGGUUACCUGGUUCUCGUUUGGGAGACCCUCGGUAUGAUGAUGGGAGAGCUCUACACUGAAGUGUCAGUGGUGUUCGAGAACGUUCGCUUCCAGCGAGCUACUAACAUUCCUAAAGAAGGCAACUUGGAGUUCAUUAUUAUGAUCCAGAAGGGCAGUGGUAACUUUGAGAUCGUAGAAAGCGGAGCAUCCAUCGUCACCGGUCGUAUCUACGCCAAGAAGAACGUAGGCCAAGACUACCGAGUGAUCCCGAGCUUGCCCGAAGUGAGCGGCCCGAACAUCAAGCACAUGCUUACUAAGGACUUUUACAAGGAGUUGAGGCUUAGAGGAUACCAAUACAGCGGUCUUUUCCGUGGCGUCCUCGGCUGCAACGUCGAAGGUACCCGCGGCCGUCUCUCCUGGGUCAACAACUGGGUGACCUUCAUGGACUGCAUGCUGCAAAUGAAGAUCAUUGGCCAGGACACCCGAGGUCUCUUCGUCCCCACCAGGAUUGAGAAGCUGUCUAUCGAUGCUAACAUGCAUUAUAAUGCUAUCUCCAAAAUGAACCCUGAUUCUACGAAGAAUUCGUUCGAAAUUAGGGUGUAUCCUGAUGUUGAUGUUAUUAGGGCUGGUGGUGUUGAAGUCCGCGGUCUCCACGCUACUCCCAUUACCAAGAGGCUGCCUCUUGGAGUACCAGUACUUGAGAAGAACGAAUUCAUCGCCAACUUCGGAAAGAACAAGAUGAAGAUUGAAGACAUUCUCCGUUCCAACAUCCAACUGGUACUUGAGAACAUCCAGACAUACAAAGUCAAGAGCAUAGAAUUAGUAGAUGAAGAAUAUAAGAAGAACGACAUCCAACCCAUUUUGGAAACUGUUGGAGAAAUGCUGGGUGACCUGCCUUUGGUACAAGCUGAGCUGCUGAUGAUUUCUGAAGAGCCUAUUGAAGUGGCUUCCAACAUCACUGUUGAGAACAAGAAGCUAUCUGGAGAGAGCAACACUAUCCUCUUCAUUGGUGCUAACCUUCUUAGCAGGCCUGAUGUUCUCCAAAGUGCAAUCGGCACACUCCGUGACAAAUGCUUCCUCAUCAGUCGUGAGAAGGACCGCCCCAACCCUAAGGAUUACUCCGACAAAUACGACAUCGUUACCAUCCACGACACGGGUGUUGAAUACCUGGUCCUCUUCAGGAAACGCAUUGGAGCCAGACCCGCGAAGUUCGUUAGAAUCCCCGCUUCAGACCUCGAAUUCACAUGGAUCGACAAAGUCAAGGAGGAACUUAAAGAAGGCCAGAAACUGGUCCUUUACACCCAAGAUGAGCCUAUCAACGGUCUUCUAGGGUUGGUCAACUGCUUGAGGAAGGAGCCUGGUGGUGAGGUCGUGUAUGGUCUUCUGAUUUCUGACCCCUCUGCACCUCCAUUCAACCCUGACUUGGAGUUCUAUGAAGAGCAACUGGACAAGGAUUUGGCUAUCAACAUUUACCAAGAUGGUCAAUGGGGUACUUACCGCCAUCUUCUCCUGGGUGACUUGGAGACGGUCCGUGCCAACCACGCUUAUGUCAACACUCUGACUAUCGGAGACUUGUCUUCACUCAGUUGGGUGGAAGGACCCAUCAGGGAGAACCAUGUGUUCAAGAGCAAGGAGAAAGUGCUUGUUAGCGUAUACUGUGCCGCUCUUAACUUCCGUGACGUCAUGACAGCCACGGGUCGUGUGACAGUGGACGCGGUCGCUCGCGGUCGUCUUGCGCAGGAGUGCGUGCAAGGUUUCGAGAUCGUCGGAAAGACACCCAACGGUUCCCGUGUCAUGGGUAUGAUCCGUAACCGUGGUAUGGCUAACUUGGCUGAAGGAGACAAGGCUCUGUUGUGGGCCAUCCCUGACGAGUGGAGCUUCGAAGAGGCUGCUACAGUACCUGUGGCUUACGGAACUGUCUACUAUUCUAUGGUCAUGGUAGGCCAAAUCAAGCGCGGCGAAUCAAUCCUGAUCCACGCCGGUUCGGGAGGUGUCGGUCAAGCUGCUAUCAACGUAGCCCUUCACUACGGCUGCGAAGUCUUCACCACUGUCGGAACUGCUGAGAAGAGGGCCUUCAUCAAGAAGCUGUUCCCGCAACUUAAAGACAGCCACAUCGGCAACUCUCGUGACGCUUCGUUCGAGGACAUGAUCAGACGCGAGACAAACGGCAGGGGAGUCGACAUGGUGCUCAACUCCUUGUCCGACGAGAAACUGCAGGCGUCAGUCCGCUGCCUCGCCUACCGCGGCCGCUUCCUUGAGAUCGGCAAGUUCGACAUCAGCAACAACACUCCCAUCGGCAUGUACUUCUUCCUCAAGGAGACUUCCUUCCACGGCAUCAUGUUGGACUACAUCUUCGACCAGACCUACGCUUUCAGGAAGCGCCUGCAAGACUUGCUCCUCAGUGGUAUCGAGAACGGUGCCGUCAGGCCUCUGACCUACUGCACGUUCGAAGCCAAUGAAGUGGAGACUGCUUUCCGUUACAUGGCUGCCGGAAAACACAUUGGAAAGGUUAUCGUCAAGAUCCGUGAUGAGGAACGCAGCAACCGCCCAGUCAGGCCUGUUGUUACUCCAAUCCAGGCUGUACCUAGGUACAUCUGCCACGAAGACCACGUGUACAUAGUAGCGGGAGGUCUGGGAGGCUUCGGUCUGGAGCUGGCUGACUGGCUCAUCAUGAGAGGAGGCAGGAAGAUCCUCCUUACUUCACGUAGAGGAGUCACCAAUGGAUACCAGUCUUCUAGGCUCAGGGCAUGGGCCUCAUACGGUGCUGACGUCCAAAUCUCGACCCACGACAUCACCACUGAAGAAGGAUGCGAAGACAUGCUCAAGAUGGCCCUCAAGAUGGGUCCAGUAGACGCCAUCUUCAACUUGGCAGUGGUCCUGAAGGACUCCAUCUUCCAGAACCAGACUCCUGAGACCUUCAAGACCUCGUACGGCCCUAAGGCUCUCGCUACCGUCCAUUUGGAUAAACUGUCCAGGAAACUGUGCCCGGGAUUGAGGGACUUCGUAAUCUUCUCAUCCGUAUCCUGCGGUCGCGGUAACGCUGGACAGACGAACUACGGUCUCUCCAACUCCGUGAUGGAGAGGAUCUGUGAAUGGAGGAAGAAGCUCGGACUCCCAGCCCUGGCUGUGCAGUGGGGAGCUGUCGGAGAUGUGGGUCUCGUAGCCGACAUGCAAGACGACGAUGUCCAACUAGAAAUCGGAGGCACCCUCCAACAGAGGAUCUCCUCUUGUCUCUCUGCUCUCGACAAGUUCAUGAAGCAGGACGCAGCCAUCGUGUCCUCCAUCGUCGUGGCUGAGAAGAAGGCCGGAGGAUCUGGAUGUGGCAACAUUGUCGAUGCCGUCGCUCAGAUUAUGGGUAUCAAGGACCUGAAGACAGUCUCCCAGCAAGUGUCCCUCGCCGAGUUGGGUAUGGACAGUAUGAUGGCCGUGGAGAUCAAGCAGACGCUCGAGAGAGAGUUCGAGAUCUUCCUCACGGCUCAGGACAUUAGGACGCUCACUUUCGCCAGGCUUGUUGAACUAACAGCCCAACGCGAGGCAGCAGCGUCAACCUCUGCCUCUCGGCCCGUCAAUGUGGAAGGAGCUGCCGGUCUCAAGGUCCUCAUGAGGAACUUCGGAGAAGAGAACCUCGUCUCCGAACCCUUCAUCUACAUGCCUUCCAUGGUCAGCGAUGGUGUUGAGGGUGAAGAAGCAAUCCACGUGAUGGAGCGCGUGAUGUUCAUGCUGCCGGGUCUGGAGGGAGCAGCCUCAGUGCUGGAGCCGCUCUGCAAGAGGCUCAAGAUCAAGGUCUGCGUGCUGCAGCUCGGAGUCGAGCACAAGGGAGAGACCUUGGACCAGAUGGUGGAUAGGCUGCACCAGUCGGUGAUUUCAAGACUGGCGCCGGGAGCUCCGUUCUGGUUGCUCGGAUACAGUUUCGGUUCCCUCCUCAUCUUGGAGCUCGCCUCCAGGCUGGAGAGCGAAGGUUUCAAGGGAACAGUAUUCUGCUUAGACGGAGCCCCAGACUUCCUCUACGCGCUCCUAACAAUGACCAUCACCUUCAAGAACGACCUCCAACUGCAGAACAGCCUCCUCUGUCACACCGUCGACAUCGUCGCUCCCAACAACGACAUCACCAAGACCCUUAUGGAGAAACUCAACGAGAUCGAAUCCUACGAAGAAAGGGUCGAACUUACCAUCAAAAUGUCUCCCGUCCAGAGCAAAUACUCCAACAAAUUCAUUGCCAACAUCGCUAGGGCUUGCUACGAACGUCUCAAGGUCGUCCUCGACUUCAACCCUAAGAACUUCAAGAAACUGCAGUCCCCUGUCGUCCUUCUCAGGCCUAAGGAGAACCCACCUUACGUUGUCGUUGAAGAGAACUAUGGUCUCGACAAAUAUACUGAGAAUACUGUUACUGUUCAUUACUUGGAAGGUAACCAUAUUAGUAUCAUUGAGAACAAGGAUUGUGCCAACAUUAUCAACAGGGCUCUUGUUGAGAGUGAAGGUCAGACUGGCAAGACUGCUGAGAACACCGUCACAAGCAUCGUCGAAAACGCAAGACAGGUCCAAGUCUAAGAUCGCAAAUUUUGCAUCGAAUUUUCGUCUUGUUAUCGGAUUAUUUUCUUCUUCUAAAGCGUACGUUGUGAACUAACUUAUUUAAGGUAAAGGUUAAUUAGAUCUAAUUAAUGUUUUGAUUGAGUUGUUGUGUGUAAAAAAUAUUAUUAAAAAAAUGGCCGUAUUUUAAUAAAUAUAAUAACUAACUUAGUAACUGAUAGUGUAAGUAGAUAACGUCGUAGGACACCAGUACCAAACAAAUAUUCAUUAAGUUAACUUAAGGGGUCAAGUGAGGAGUAAGUUUAACUUUUAAGUUAUUUAUACGUAACGGAGGGGAAUAUUUAAAACGGGGGUAUUUCAUUAUUAGGUAGGCAUUCAAACUUAUUUGUAAGCAAUAAAUUAUUGUUUGUAGCUGUUAAGCUAGGUGUUUUGUACAUGGGAAUAUUGAAUAUAUUAAUUUUAAUGAUA